AUGUCGGCUCUCAAGCAUCUCCUCGCAAUAUUGCCCACCGUCGCGGCGGAUUGGGCGGGCAACAUCAACUAUGGGAGCCCUUCGCAUCUCCACAAUCUGGCCAUCUCUGUUCCCAAGGUGCGAAAGCGACAUACCAUCGAACAUGCGGAUGCUAGCAAUGUGACUUUCACGCACGGCGUUGCUAGUGGUGAUCCUUACUCCGACUCCGUGAUUCUAUGGACACGCGCGAGUCCAACAUCGGAUAACGACAGAAGUAACGUCACAGUCACAGGGAAUGCAGCCCUGUUCAACCAUGACACACAGCAAUACGUGGAAGCCAGUCAGAGUCCGGUAUGCGUGGAGUGGUCGAUCUCUGAACAAGAGGAUCUGGGAAACGCUGCCUGCCAUGGGAAGGCAUACACUUCGUCUGACAUUGACUACACCAUCAAAGUAGAAGCUUCCGGUCUGAAGCCAUUUACAUGGUACUAUUACCAGUUUAAUAUUUGCGGAAGUUCAGAGACUCGAAGUCCACUUGGGCGAACCAAAACCGCACCCUCUCACGAUCAAGAUGUCGAGAAUGUUGGGAUUGCAGUGUUCUCCUGCUCUAACUUCCCUACAGGCUUCUUCAACGCCUAUGGGAACUCGGCCCGCAAGGAUAACGUUGACUAUGUUGUACACCUCGGUGAUUACAUCUAUGAGUACGGCACCAGCCCUCCAUCUCGUCGCCAUCGACCAGAGCGUGAAAUCCUGACGCUCUACGACUAUCGCGCUCGGCACGCUACGUAUCGCACAGAUUCAGAUUUGCUUUUGUCAGCUUCCAGAUACCCAUGGAUUCCGACCUGGGACGACCAUGAAGUAGCCGACAACACCUACCGUGACGGAAUGGCUGCUCUCAACAAUACGGAGGAGUCAUUUGAAGAGACCGGCAUCAGUGUCGAUCAGCGAAAGAUGAAUGCCGUCCGAGCCUAUUUCGAGUGGAUGCCGAUUCGACAGGUGGAUAUGAAUGACAACCUUCGCGUAUGGCGGAGCUUUCAACUCGGCAAUCUUCUCGAUCUGAUCAUUCUGGACACUAGGCAAUACGWUCGUAGCAUUACGGAUGUUUAUACAAACACCGACUACAUAUCUGAGAUUAGCAAUGACUCUGGACGCACGCUUAUGGGCUCAAACCAAGAGAACUGGUUCUACAACACAUUGAAGACAUCCGCCAAACGAGGAGCAACCUGGCGUGUGAUCGGCAGCCAGAUUGUAUUCUCCACCCUAAACAUGUCCAGCUCCGCCUCGGAUCAGCCGUACAAUCUCGACGCCUGGGAUGGGUACACCGCGAACAAGAACCGAGCACUCAACGCCCUAUACGAAAACAACAUUGGAAACAACAUCUUCUUAGCCGGGGAUACGCACGUCAAUUGGGUCACCGAUCUCACCUGGACGGGAAAGAAAGCCUACAAUAGCACCACCGGCGAGGGAGCCAUUGGCGUUGAAUUCGCAGGCACAGCUGUUUCAAGCAAAAGUUCAUUCGGCGCAAACUUGACAAUUGACAACGCAAACAAGCAAAGCCAGAUGCUCGUAGACAACAACCCAGUCUUGCAGUGGCAAGAAGGCUACUAUCGUGGCUAUUUCGAACUGCAGUUAUCCAAGGAGAAGGUCCUGGCCAGCUUCUUCGGCACACCGAGUCUGGAAUCCAGGAAUGGCUUCGAAGUCUCUCUGGCCAAUUUUACUGUUCAGAACGGAGCAAAUAGGUUGGCCCGGCCGGUGGCGGGUCAGGGUGGCGUGGAGAGCGGAGCUUUGCAGGGCUUGGCCAAGGUGGCCGUCAGCAAUCUGACGGUGGAUACAACCACCGGUGAGUGGUUUGUGCACGCCUUUGAGAGGGUCAAUAUUCCACCAGAGCCAAGCAUGUAG